CCGUUAUGGAUUUAAGAUAAUAAACUACUUACUUUAAUUUUUUAUCUUUUAUUUAUAACAGUGUAUUGCUUAUACUUGAUAAUUACUUGUAUAAUAUCUAUCUUAAUUCGUGUUUCAAUCCAAGAGACAAGUUACCGAACUGCCAAAAGGAAGCCUGGAAGCAAACAAAGUAAUGAAUAAAUCAACAUUUUCAAAUUGACAAAUGAUAACGGUUUUUGCGGUUUUUAUUUGACUACUGAUAUUUUUUACUAAGUUUUAUUAAUUUGAAAACACCUGUUUUGUUUUGAUUUAUUACUCGACAUCCAUCCUUGUGAAAUUAUUUAAAUAACUUUUGUAUAAAAAUAAAACAAGAUGGACGAUAAUUGUACUCCUAAAAUACUACGCUCCACAGCAAAAUUACCUGAAACACCGGCUUUGGAACGCAUUGGAUAUGGAACAGGUGUUGGUGUGUUCAAUUUACAAAGAGAAGAUCUGUCACCGUGGGCAGCAAAAAUUAUCAGUCGCAAUGCUGGUAGAGAUCGCAAACAGUAUAGUAAUCGUUUGCAGUUGGAAGCUAAAGUGUUAUCAUCACUCAAUCAUCCUAAUAUAAUUGGCUACAGGGCAUUUGUCAAAAGACCUGAUGGCCGAGAAGUACUGUUAAUGGAACAAUGCGAACAAAGUUUAAUCGAUUUGAUUGAAAUGCGCAAGGAAGAAAACCUUGGACCAUACCCUGUAGAAUAUAUCACAAAAGUUGCUGUGGACAUUGCAAAAGCCUUAGAAUAUUUACAUUCUUCCUUAGUAUUACAUGGAGACAUAAAAUCUGGAAACAUUUUAGUGAAAAAUAAUUUUGAGAUCAUAAAGCUUUGUGAUUUUGGUGUCAGUUUACCUUUAAAAUCUGAUGGAACAUUGCAUAAAAUCAAAGGUUGUAAAGCAUUUUACAUCGGGACUCCUUGUUGGUCCGCUCCAGAAGUAUUAAAAGGUGAAGAAUGUUUAGGAGCCAUCAUCACAAGUAAAGCUGAUAUUUUCAGCUAUGGUUUGGUACUUUGGGAAAUGAUGACAUUAUCGUUUCCAAACUCAAGUACUGCAAUGGAUGAAUCAUAUUACACUGGCAUUAGUGACGACUUGGAUGCUCAUUUAGGUGAGCGACCACCAUUACCUGACAGUUUAGCAAACGAUCCAAGGUAUAGACAAAUUGUUGAGCUGUUCAAUAUGUGUACAAUGCAAGAUUAUAAAAAGCGACCUUCAGCUAAACAGAUAUUGAAGUUUAUGGGUACUUACUAGCCUUUAAACAGUUAUUUUGGUCUAACUAUAAUUUUAGCACAUUUAUUAUAAUUAUCUUUUAUAUGCGUAAUGUGUUUUAUAGUUAAUAUUGUUUAUAAGUGUACAUAAAACAGUAUUUCAAUUAUUUUUAAUAUGUUACCAAUAAAAAUAUCUUCAGGCUUAUGAAAGUUAUCAUUCUCUUACAAAAUCUUUAACUAUUGAUGCUAAAAUAUAUUUAAUUUCUAAACUUUAUAUAAAUACAUAGUAUUUUAAAUUUAAAUUUAAACUUAACUUCUUGAUUUUUUUAGAGUUUAAUCCACACUAUCUCAUUUUCAUUUUUGUACUAUUUUUUUUUUUACUUUAAAUGUCUUUACAAUAAUGUUGAAAAUGAUGUUUUAUUUUAUUAUUAAAUAAUUUGUCAAAACUAUCUCAGUUAUUAGUUAAAAUUGUUUUUAAUUGUUAAAAAAAUGAUGUUACAUUUUAAAUACUUUUUUUUAUCGUCAUGAUUUGAAGCAAUGAAAAUACUUCAGCCUACUAUUAAGAUUACUAAUAGCAAAUUAGUUCUAGAUGGUACUUUGGCCAAUAGGAUCAAUAGUAAAAGAAAUAUGACUUAAAAAAUAAAUCUAUUUUAAAUUUU